AUGUUCAGCGAACUGUUGAAAACCUCCGCCGCCGUCGUCAUUACCGGAGGCGCUAAGAUUACUCCGAGCAAGAAGCGUAGCCGCAAGAACGUCGACGACGGAGCUGCGACUCCUACUGAAAAGAAGAAGCGCCUCAUACCUCUAGCCCAUUUUGAGGAUGAUGAUGAGGAGAGUUCGAACAAGAAGGUCAAAGUCAAAGCUAAAGUCGAAGACGAAAACGAAGGUGAUAUGAACGGAGACAAUGAGGCUGCCUGA